UUUUCGCGCUGAAUUCAGUUAUCAACAAAACGAGCAACAGUCAAGUCGUCGUCUUUAACUAGAACCGCACGAAGAGUAGAAAAUCACAAAUAAAUAGAAAAUAAACUCGUCUAAAAAAUGAUAAGAAGAAGCUUUAACAUUUAACGGGAUAAAAACACAGUUAAAUUAAACGAAAGUAAAACGUGUGUGAAUUCAAGGAAGAAAUUUUAAUUUAAAUAAAAAUUUUAUAUAAAAAACGGUCGGUUUAAACAAAUAAUAAAAAAUUUUAAAUUUUUAAACAAAUUAAAAAAAAUAUAAAGAAAAUUUAAAAGCAAAAGCAAGCAAAGAAUAUUUUGUGUUUAAAAUAAAAAAUUUCAGUGAAAGUGUUUGGCAAAAAAAAAAAUAAUAAAGAUUUAUAAUUCUAUUAAAUUCAAAGAAAAUAAUCCAUAUUUAAGAUAAGCAAAUUAAGAAUUUAAAAUAAAUACAAAUAAUUCUUAGAAAUUAUUUACGUUUCAUUUUUUGGAAAUAAACUUGGUCGAUUGUUUUAAAUGAAAGACGAUCAAAAAGGUUUUCUUGGUAGUUUUCUAUCAAAAGGCUUAAAAACUAAUCAAUUGGAAGUGAAUACCGAUGAGAAAACCCUACGUCCCAUAGCACGUCUCAAAGAGCCACGUGAUCUCUUUGCCCUGCCAAAAGAUAAGGAUAAUGAUUGUUCACAGCAGGCCCCCAGAUGGCCCAUUGAAUGUCAGGUCAUUGAAGAGCGCAUUAAACACAUUCCGAAUGUACCACUACAGCCAGAACCAUUUUACCAGCAGACAGGCAAUGAAUUAAAACCAAAUCCGGUUGGUGAAGAAAAUGGCAUUGUUGUCUUCAACUACAAUCCUAUAAGUGCUGUUAACUAUGAUAAAACAAAAAAAUCAAGAUCGAAAACACACAUACCCGAUGAUUCCAGUGACUCUGAUGUGUCUUCCUGCGAAUCACAAGUCUCAUCGCCAGAUCUAAGGUCUAUCUUGGGCCAUGACAAAACAGUUCAACAGACCAUAACUAAACUGCUAAAUACCCUAGAACAGAGAUCUUCUAGCAACUCCAAUGAAGAGGAUGAUGAUGAGGACGACGAGGAGGAGGAAGAAGAAGACACCGAAGAAGAAGUGGAUAAAACUAUAGACGGUGAUGAAGAGGGAGAUAAAUCGGGUGAUAAGUCGGUUGAAAAAUCUAAAAGCCACAAAAAACACAAAAGCAAGAAACACAUAGAAGAGCCGGUGAUAACGGAAGAGGAAAUCGAUAGUAUAUGGGCGGAUAAGUCACCGGAAUAUAUGGCGGCCACGCCCACUUUUAUAAAAACCCAAAUUGAUAAAAAUGUCAAGGCACAACAAUUAAAAGCCAUACCGCCCGUAAGACUUAAUGACGUUUUCACAAAAGGCUUACCAGUAGUUUUAAGUAGCACAUCUAGCAAUAGCACUUUCUUCCUUAAAUCGAACACAGACAGUCCCACUGAAGAUGGUGAAAUCGAUGCAGAUGAUAAUAGAAUUUAUCAAAACAAACGAUUUGAAACCAAUUCACUUUCCUUUCCAGACUCGUACAAAAAAUUAAAAGAAAGUCCUUUAUUUAAUGCUGACAUGUCCAUAAAUCUCAAAGAAUUGGCCAAAUUGUCCCAGACAAUGACUACUCCUUCGCCUGCAAUCAAAAUUUCCCAGCUUAAAUCAAAAUCCUGCAAAAGUUCCACAAAUCCUUCACCAGAAUUAUCCUUAUCCCCUCAAGAUCUUAGUUACAAUAGUGUUUGCUCAUCCAACAAUUCGACACCCUAUAGUAGCCUUAGUGAUUAUCAAGAUCAUGCCAAAUCAAAUGCAAAUCCGUUUCCCAUAAAUGAUCAUAAAUCAAAUAAAUGUUCUUAUUUACCACAGUUUAGUCGUUCGGCGGUAGGCGGUUCCAAGUUCUUAACAAACUGCCAUCCUUACAAUGCGGAGGAAUACGAUGGCUUGGAGUUUGAAUCACGGUUUGAAUCGGGCAAUUUAGCGAAAGCCAUACAAAUUACACCCACUUAUUAUGAGCUGUAUUUGAGACCGGAUUUGUACACCAGCCGCUCGAAACAAUGGUUUUAUUUUCGUGUGAAGCGGACCAAAAAGAAUAUGAUUUAUAGAUUUUCCAUUGUCAACUUAAUAAAAUCGGACAGUUUGUACAAUGAAGGCAUGCGACCGGUCAUGUAUUCCAACACAAAUGCCAAAACAAAAAAUGUCGGCUGGAAACGUUGUGGCGACAACAUCUGCUACUAUCGUAACGAUGAUGACAGCCAGCCCAGUGAAGAUGAUGAGGAUAAUUCCUCUUAUACAUUGACUUUUAAUAUUGAGUUUGAACAUGACAAUGAUACAGUAUUUUUUGCCCACAGUUAUCCUUAUACCUACAGUGAUUUACAGGAUUAUUUAAUGGAAAUACAAAAAAAUCCAAUUAAAUCGAAAUUUUGUAAAUUAAGAUUAUUGUGUCGCACAUUGGCUGGCAAUAAUGUUUAUUAUUUAACGGUGACAACACCCGUGGCAAAUGAAGAAAUUAUGAAGCGCAAAAAAUCCAUUGUUGUUUCGGCACGUGUACAUCCCAGCGAGACUCCAUCCUCUUGGAUGAUGAAGGGUUUAAUGGAUUUCAUAACGGGUGAGUCGAGUGUGGCCAAACGUUUGAGGCAUAAAUUCAUAUUCAAACUGAUACCGAUGCUGAAUCCGGAUGGUGUUAUUGUGGGCAAUACACGCAACUCGUUGACGGGCAAAGAUUUGAAUCGUCAGUAUCGUACCGUUAUAAGGGAAACGUAUCCAUCAAUAUGGUAUACAAAAGCUUUAAUCAAAAGACUGAUUGAUGACUGUGGUGUUUCAAUGUACUGUGAUAUGCACGCACACUCUCGCCGGCACAAUAUUUUCAUUUAUGGCUGUGAGAAUAAACGUAAUCCGGAAAAGAAACUUACCGAGCAAGUUUUUCCGCUCAUGUUGCAUAAAAAUGUGGCAGAUAAGUUUUCAUUUGAGAAUUGCAAAUUUAAAAUACAACGCAGCAAAGAAGGCACUGGCCGUAUUGUAAUCUGGAUGCUGGGCAUUACCAAUAGUUAUACAAUAGAGGCAUCAUUUGGUGGCUCAUUGCUGGGCUCUCGCAAGGGUACACAUUUUACAACAACGGACUACGAGCACAUGGGUCGGGGAUUUUGUGAAACCCUCUUGGAUUAUUGUGAUGAGAAUCCGAAUAAAGUAAAGAGAAAUACUAAAUUAUUGAAACGUAUUAAAAAGAUAAGAAAGCGCGAGAAACGCGAACAGAAGGCAUUGAAAUUAAAGAAAUUGGCCGAUCAGGGAUGUAUAAUCGAAGAGAAAUUUAAAGUUAAACAAAGAACAGGCAAAAGUGUUUCCUAAUCAAACACUCACUUACCCACAUACUUAUAUAAACAAAACACAGACAACAUUUUUUUCUUUUCAAAACAUACAAUACAUAAAAAUGCAACCCUGUUUAUAACAGAGUUGCAAAAGAGAAAACACUGUAUACAACACUGUUAAGUUAUGUUUAUGUUAAAUGUUUUUAUAGUUUUUUACUUGUUGGACAAAUUUAAUUUAAACAUAAAAUUCAAUAGUUUUACAGUGGUGGAUUUGGAAAUUCAAGUAAUAUUUUGUAAAAAAUCGCAUAUAAUUAAUUGUAAUUCAAAACUGUUUUGCUAUCUUUCAUAAAAUGAAUUAAUUUUUGUAAAAAUUACAAUUAAAGUUAUUAUAAUUAUAGAAAUGAACUAAAUUUUAAGCUAAAAAUUAUUAAACGAAAGCUUUGAAUUUUGAAUUUGUUUUGAAAAGUUUUACCAAAUAAACUUCACCCAUAAAAGAUUCAAGGUUUUUUAAACUUUCAAGUUUUACUUACUAAAGAUUAACCUGACAACCUAAAAUUAAUUAGUAUUGUUUAACUUUUUAAUAACAAUUGUUAAUAUUUAUUAAUUUCUUAAAUUAUUAACAACUUUAACUAAAACAAUGAAACCAAUUUAAUCCUUUAAACUAAAUUUAAACUAAAAAAACUUGCAAAUCAAAACGAUACAACUUAAGAUUAUCUUUUUGCGAAAACAAAAAUCCACCACUGCCUACAAACUUACAUUAAAUACUUGCAUACAUUUAAGUUUUUCUGUGUUAAACUUGCCAACAAAUUGCUAAACGUUCUGUGAAAGUUUUUUUGUUUAACUAGAGUUUAAAUAAGAAGUAAGAAAUUGCUCGUAAUUGUUCAACUAUUUUAAGUUAAAUGUUUUUUGUGUUUAAUUUUAUACAUUAUUUUCAUUAAAGUUUUUUCAUUUGACUGCCUUGAUUUAUUUUAUAAUUACAAACAUACAGUAAAACACUAAAACUACUUAAACAAAAUGGCGUGGUUAAACUAAAAACUUAAAUUUUAAUGUUUUGUGUUCUUUAGAUUAAAUAUUUAACAGGAAAAUGUUUACUUUCUCUCUUAAAUAACUAUUUAAUAGUAAUUGUUUUAAAUACACUAAUCUACAUACAUAAUAUUUUUUAAGAUUUAAACUUAACACAUUUAGCAAUUUCAAGCAAAGGAAACUUAACUUUUAUUCUUAAAUAUGUAAAUCCUUAAUAAGAAUUCCUUGCGUGACUUUUUAAGAGAUUUAUUUCGUAAUUUACUUUCAAAUUUUCUCUUGUUUAUACAUGUUGCCAGACAAAUCGACCGUCAUAGUUGUUACAAUUGCAAAUUUCUAUGAAUGCUCGUUGUUUUCUUUUUAUCAUACCCCGCAUCGUGUCAAUUUCAAAAAAAAAAUCCCCUGUAAUUUUACUGCCCUCUAUUCGCUUUAAUCUUUUGCGCUUAAACGCAUUGACACCGCAUCACAUAACACAGCCACCCCCACCACCGCUACCAACAAUCACAUCAUGCUCACUGUAGUUUUUCGUUGGCAUUAGACAAUAAAUUUCUAGAUGUAAUACUUCUAGAUUUAUUUUUGGUUGGCAAUUUUUGUUUAUUUUGUUUUUCAAAAUUAUAUUUUCUGUAUUAUUUUAGUAUUUUUUUAUGGUUAUUUUGUAAAAUUUUAUGAUUUUAAUAAAGCUUUUACACUUUUAUCACAAUCGAA